UCGGGCAUCGGAAGGGUUUGAAUUGGCUCUCGCUAGCAAUCUGACCAUGGAAGAGAAGACUGAUAAAGAGAAUCCCCUCGACACUGUACUCCUCGAGUCCCUGUCGGUGAGAAAAGGACCCAUUCGCAGGCAGAGAUUGUCCUGGUACUAUGCCCCCUCCUUCCUGCUCCUCUGGUUGGCCCUCUUCUACGCCAUCGUGAUUCCGCUCUACUACAAACUUCCGGAUAGGUUGACCAUAUCAGAUGAAUCACUUCACCCUGGAGAAUUCGUAGCGGAACGGGCACAGAAACAGCUAUUCACAUACGAUCGGAUUGGACCCAAAGUAACGGGUAGCUAUGCCAACGAGGUGACCACGGUUGAGUUUCUCGUAAACGAGGUGGAGAAGAUCCGUGCCGAGAUGCGCAGUGAUCUCUACGACCUCGAGGUGGAUGUCCAGUCACCUACGGGGGGAUACGUCUUUAUUGAUAUGGUAAACAUGUACCAGGGUAUUCACAAUGUAAUCGUCAAACUCACUUCAAAGAGUUCCCCGAGUGAAUCCUACCUGUUGCUCAACAGCCAUUUCGACUCUAAGCCAGGCAGUCCAGGUUCCGGUGAUGAUGGCACUAUGGUUGUGGUCAUGCUGGAGGUCUUUCGUCAAAUGGCGAUAUCGCCUACGCCAUUUGAACAUCCCAUUGUCUUUUUGUUCAACGGGGCGGAGGAAAAUCCACUUCAGGGCUCCCAUGGUUUUAUUACACAACACAAAUGGGCCGGCAACUGCAAGGCAUUUAUUAACCUUGAAGUGGGCGGAAGCGGGGGACGUGACUUAUUGUUUCAGAGCGGUCCCGACAAUCCUUGGCUCAUGAAGUAUUAUAGACUUCACGCGAAGCACCCGUUCGCGACCACAAUGGCAGAGGAGAUUUUUCAGAGUGGAAUUUUGCCCUCUGAUUCAGACUUUAGAAUUUUCCGGGAUUUUGGGAAUAUAGCUGGUGAGUUGAUGAAUCACAUGCGCUGGGGUCUGAUAACAAUGGGGUUUUCCAUAGGUCUGGACAUGGCUCAGGUUGACAACGGAUAUGUGUACCACACAGCGUUUGAUACCUUUGAGAACGUUCCUGGGCGAUCCAUUCAGAACUCUGGUAACAAUGUCCUCGCUCUGGUGCGUGCUUACAGUAAUGCCAGCGAGUUGUAUAACACAGAGAGUGAUGAGGGCCACGCUGUCUUCUUUGACUUCCUCGGUCUUUUCUUUGUGUACUACACGGAGACCACUGGCAUUAUUCUGAACUGUCUGAUUGGAGUGAUAUGUCUAGUUUUGGUUGGCUGCUCUGUCUGGAGAAUGUCUCGCCAGUCGGUUGAGGUGACUCUUCCUCAGAUUUCGAUUUGGUUCCUCAGUAUUUUGGGCCUGCACGUGGUGGGAUUCUUGCUGUGCAUUUGCCUGCCUCUACUGAUGGCGGUUCUAUUCGAUGCUGGGGGUCGGUCACUGACUUACUUUUCCAGCAUAUGGCUAGUUUUUGGACUCUACGUAUUUCCCGCCGUCAUCGGCCUAGUACUCCCGUUGACUCUGUACUAUACCCUGAGGCCCAGUAUCAAACUAAGCCACGCCUACCAUCUCCAGUUGAGCUUGCACGCCCACUUGGUGGUCCAGGCUCUUUUGGCUCUCAUUUUGACCGCCAUGGGUCUCCGUUCUCAGUACCUGUGCCUCAUUUCCCUAAUCUUCUACGGGGGUGCACUUUUGAUUAACCUAGUGAGCACGCUGCACGAUCGUGGCUACUAUUGGACCCUGAUUGUUAUGAGUCUACAAGUGUUACCGUUUUCGUACUUCUGUUACGUAUUCUACAUGUUUCUGGUGAUAUUCAUUCCGGUUCUGGGAAGGAAUGGUUAUAAUACAAAUCCGGAUCUUAUUGUAGCAUUACUCUGUGGUGUUUGCGUCUUCUUUGCUCUGGGUUACGCGGCACAACUUAUCAACAUGUUCCGCUGGCCAAAGCUUAUUCUUCUUGGUUUGGGAGUAGUCACCUUUGUCUUCUGCAUGAUCGCUGUCUCGGAUGUGGGCUUCCCCUAUAAGCCCAAGACAAAUGUGAUGCGAGCCAACUGCUUGCACACUCGUCGUCUUUUCUACGAAUUCGAUGGAUCUGUCAGUCGCAGCGACUCUGGUUACUACUUCAACUAUCAGGAUAGGCGAGCCUUUGACCCUCUCCAGGACUCUGAACUUAAUCUGACCGGACUAGAGGCAGUUGCAAACAACUGCGACGAUUACGUAAUGUGCGGAAUUCCGUGCUUCUACUACAGCUGGUGCAAGUGGCGCCAGUGGGAUGGUUGGCUGCCUCGCGAGUCGGAGGUGAUCAUACCCGGAGAACUAACCCUAGAGUACCUGGGAAAGACGGUUUUGGAGUCUGGAACAAUAGCGCGAUUGGAGUUCGAGCUGUCCGGACCGCCCCAUAUGAAUUUGUUCAUCCAGCCGGUGGGCUCCGCCAAAGUUGACAACUGGUCUUUUGUGAGGAAAAUGUUGGACGAACCGGAAGAGUUCCAGCCGCCUUAUCAGAUCUUUCAUUCCUACGGAACAGAUAAUUCCUCGCUGAAGUUCUUCAUUGAUAUGGAAAAGUCUGAUGGUGAUUUCAAUAAUCCUACUUUGGAACUCGCAGCUGUGGGACACUGGGUCAGCUACGAGUACGAAAGAGAUGCAGAGGCUAAAGAUUUUGUGGCCAGCUUUCCUAACUUUGUCCACGUUAUGGAAUGGCCUUCUAUAUUUAAGCGAUAUAUUUUUUAGGUAUUUAAUAGCUUUAAAUAUGCUAUUAUUGCUCAAUGGAAUCUAUCCUUUGGCUGCCCUUAUGAAUCCCAUUACCAAUCUAACCCUUCCGGUUUUUUUGGCUUAAUUUUGUUACAUACCAAAGAUUGUUGGGAGUAGUUUGAGAAAAACUAAU